AUGGAGUGGGAGACAGUUCAUGUGGUCUCACAACAUCGUCCCCCUCAAGAGAGUACUUCUCCACCAAAGGCUCAUAAUCCAUCAAGGUUUGCAAAUAAGCCUUCCCCAAAUUCUGCUCCCACAAGUGCUACUUUUGAGCCAUCUUUAACUUUGGGUCUUCCUGGUGAGCCAUAUCAUCAAUUAGUGGCCUCCAAUUACAAAGGUGGUGGUAAUUCUCAUGAGGAAGCAAUAGAUUUGUAUAGGCAAGCUUCCUCACCUCAUAGCCAUAGCGCGGUCUCUUCCUUCUCUAGUGGUAGAGUGGUCAAAAGAGAGAGAGACCUUAGUAGUGAGGAGGUUGAGGUAGAGAAAGUCUCUUCAAGAGUAAGCGAUGAAGAUGAAGAUGGCUCUAAUGCUAGAAAGAAGCUUAGGCUCACCAAGGAACAGUCUGCCCUCUUAGAAGAAAGCUUCAAACAACAUAGCACUCUCAACCCCAAGCAAAAGCAAGCUUUAGCCAGGCAGUUAAAUUUGAGGCCAAGACAAGUGGAAGUAUGGUUCCAAAAUAGGAGAGCCAGGACAAAGCUUAAGCAAACUGAGGUAGAUUGUGAGUUCUUGAAGAAGUGCUGCGAGACGCUAACGGAUGAGAACCGGAGGCUACAAAAAGAGCUACAAGAACUCAAGGCACUCAAGCUAAGCCAACCUUUGUACAUGCAUAUGCCGGCAGCCACCCUCACUAUGUGUCCUUCUUGUGAAAGGAUUGGAGGUGUGGGCAGUGAGGGAGCUUCCAAGAGCCCAUUUUCAAUGGCUCCAAAGCCUCACUUCUAUAAUCACUUCACCAAUCCCUCAGCAGCUUGUUAA